UGCAUUAAGCUCCAUGUGGUGAUCAGGCAGGGACUAUUUCUUCUUCAGGAGGAUGUGAUGUGCGCUACACGAUGAUAUUUGUGCCAGUAAAGCAGACGUUGUGGAUUCUCUGUGUGUUUCUGAGCACUGCAGCCAAAGAGGACAGUCCUUGUCCACAGGGAGGUCAGAUCCAUGUCUCCAGCAGACGAUGCUUCUUUCUCUCUGAGAGUCCGUCCUCAUGGCCCGACGCUCAGACUUCCUGCAGAGAGACUCGCAGAGGAGAUGUUGCCUCUGCUGAGAGCCUGGAGCUGCAGGACUUCAUCCGACACUCCUUUCCAGUGAAAACCACAGUGUGGGUUUGGGCGAAAGGAUCGGGGGGAGAUGGGUCGGACCAGACGGAUGUUAUCGAGCCAGUGAUUCCUGUAGAGAGUCCAGGGGAGUGUACUCAGAUGGCUUUGGGGACAAAAGGAGAGUGGAGGAAGACUCAAUGUGCCGGACGAUACCUCUUCCUGUGUGAAAGGGAAGUAACAGAGUCUUUCCCGUCUGUGGACAGUUAUCUGACCGGGUCGGUUCUCAUGAGCGGUGACUACACUCAGAUCCAGAUUCAACCCUUACCCAAUGCACCGGACAUCGGACAGAUCACAGUGGAGAUGCAGCUGUUCCCAGGUCUGUGGUUCAGUCAUGCAGGUCAGCUGGUCUCAGUAGAGCUGGUGGUCCAACCCAGUCCUGACUCCUCUCUGUCUCGUGUCCAGAUCCUCCGACCGUACUGCAACCCCAACCACCAUCUGGUUCCUCCAGGUUGCAGCGCUCUCUUUAAUCCGUUCAGCUGCUGCUCAGCCGUCCCGCUGUGCAACACGACAGGGGGCUGCAGCACAGGUCAGUACUGGUGCCACCUGCUGGAGGUCUGCAUGCCCACCACUAGUCCCUGCAGCCCCUAUGACUCUGAAACAAGGGCCCGAGGCUUCGUUUUACCUCCCAGAUACACUGCAAUACCGCCUUUCUACCACCUGGUGGCCGACCUGCCUCUGAGGGUUAACCCGAGCUCUGAACUGACAACUAUAAGUCUGAUUCUUCCAGAUCGAGCGAUCAUGGUGUACCCCGAUGAUAUCGUGGCUGUUCAACACACUCGUGACUCUGCGACUUUCUUACACUGCGUGAACAGUGACGCCUCUCUAAAGUCCCCCUGGCGCCAAAGCUACAUGUCCCUGAGGAGGAGGGAGGAGUGGGGGGGCUGGAGGGAGGGAGGCCUCACUUCCCUUCCCCAUGGAGGCCAGUGGGUGGACGGGGUGGUGUGUGAUCUAAGGAUGAUGUACGUGGACAAUCUUCACAGAGGAACCGAGCACGAAGAUAACCCUGGCUUCACUGAAAGAGAGACAACCACAGCCUUAAACAACCAGGCCUUCACAACUGGUCCUACUCCGAGUCUUGGAUCUAAAUUUAGGCUUGACGUCAUCCACCCUGUGCCAGAUGCAAAUAACCAGAUUCACGUCCAAAUAAACGUCCCGACACUCAUUGUGGUCAAGGUCCUGUUUGGCGAGAAAGCAAGUAGCACAUGGUCAGCACCAGUUCUCCAGACGGGGGUUCCCUUCCUAUCAUCUUGCCCCAAAGAGGUGGCUCAAUCCUGGGAUGGAUGUAAGAGACAGUCCCAUGAUGCCUGGUUCUCCUCUGUGACCAUGAUAUCGCCCACAGUUGGGUUUGAAACGCUGAACAUCAGUGUGAUGGACGCAGAAAGCUCUCAGAGUGUGAGUGUGAGUGUUUGCAGCUAUGAGGAAGUCACAGGGCUAAGUGUUGAGCCGCAUGGAUGCCGGAGGAUGAUCGUAGACACACCACAGUCAUUUACAGCCAAAGUGGAGAGUGGUUCCUCAGUGAAAUUCACAUGGGUGAUUGACUACAUGGAGAACUUUGCCAAUCAAGGAGAAUCUUACAGCGUUGUGUUCAAGAAACCUGCCGAGUAUAAGCUCAGGAGCCAACAAACCCUCCUGACUGCUGAUGAAAUGACCCCACUGUCUGAUCCACAGUUCCUAUUGGUCAGGGAGAUCAUAGGUGUGGAUGCUACACACCUCUACACUCUCAGGGUCAAAGUGGACAUCUCCCUGCCGGUUACCUUCAGAUGGGAUUUUGGGGAUGGCAGUAGCGAGAAGAUCCACACACAAUCUGCUCCAUGCCAGACCAUGGAGGGGCUCAUGGAGAGAGGAGAUAAACAAGUGUACGUCCAGGACUCUGUGAACUAUACCUAUCCCAUCCCAGAUGACUACACACUUCACGUCCAAGUCUCCAACCAAUAUGACCACACUGACGCCUCCAAGAAAAUAAGGGUUCGCCCUCAAUUAAAUCACCUCCUUAUUUCCUCCAACGUUCCUGUACCUCUCGUCAAUCAGACUCUUAUUCUUGAAGCUACAGUGGAGCCCUCGACCUACGCUGUCGUCUACACAUGGGACUUUGGCGAUAGCUCUGAAUCUCUCCAAAGCAUCCACCAUAAAGUCAACCACAGUUUUAUUUCUGCUGGGGCUUACAACGUCACAGUGUGUGCCAACAACACCCUGACAGUGCUGACCUCCUGGAUAAUGGUGGAAGUUCUGGAGAAAAUCUCUGGAUUAACAGUCAGCUACAAUGGACCCAGUGAACUAAACGUAGCUACAGAUUUCCGAGCUACAGUGACGACUGGUAGUAAUCUAACGUGGGAUUUUGACUUUGGCGAUGGAUCCUUUCAGGGCAACAUUUCAGAUGGCUCCAUCUCCCAUGUCUAUGUAUUACCAGGAAACUAUACGGUAGAUGUAACUGUCUCGAAUACUGUCAGCAAAGCUCAUCAGUCCAUCAGUGUGGAGGUCUAUACGUUGGCUGUUAGUGGAGUUCUCCCUACAACAUGUGUCAUGAGUGGAAACGAAAUACAGUUUACUGCUUUGGUGAAUGGGAACAUAUCCAAUCUGACUUUCCAUUGGCUGUUUCAAGAUGGUUCGUCUCUGAUUGUAGUAACGGGGCAAUCUACAGCCAUGCACACCUUCCUAAACCAUGGGAUUUGUCAUAUUAGUCUGACUGUGUUGAGUACUGUUACAUCAGUAUCCUAUAAUACGAGUAUCUGUAUCGAAUCGCGAAUAACCAACGUAUCAGUGCAGCCAUCAAAGGAAGUAGUGGCAGUAGGGGAAGAGGUAUGCUUCAAGGUGUUAGUUUUACCUGUACAGAUAAGAGGUUACCAAUUGAAGUGGUUCAACAGCUCCUCUAGCCUCAUUGCUGUGACAGAAAAUGCUCAAAAGUGUUUCAUCUUUAGGGAUGAAGGUGUGGAAGUGGUUUUAGUGACAGCAAGUAACAGUGUUAGCAACAAAACAGCCAGAGCUAGUAUCACCGUUCAACACCCUGUAAGUGACCUGUCUGUGGGGCAUGAUAGUGAAAGUAUCACACUGACAGUCAACACAUUAGCAUCAUUUUGGCUUGCUUCUUGCACUGGUAGCAAUGUGUCCGUGCUGUGGGACUUUGGAGAUGGAUCUCCUGUUGAACAGAACAAAAACGUGUCACAUGUCUUUACCACAACAGGUCAGUUUACAGUCACCGCCACAGCAUUUAACGCCGUUAGCCGUGAUUCUGUGACCCUUCAAGUCAAUGUUUUAAAUACUAUUUCGGACCUUUCUCUUCACACCAACCAGCCUUAUGCUGCAGUUGGAGAAGAAACACUCAUCUCAGCAAUUAGCAGUGCAAUCAGUAACACCAUUUACUACUGGACUGUAGACGGUAUAUCCUCAAACGUACAGGGGACCGAUCAGUUUAGAUUUGCUUUCCUGAAACCAGGAGUGUAUCAAGUCCGAGUUAUAGCACAGAACUUGGUGAGUAGAAAGGAAGCAGCUAUUGUAGUUGAGGUCUUUGAAAGAAUAGAGGGUCCUCAGAUUGAAUGUCAGAACCUGAUAAAUGUUAAAUACGUACCAACCCAAGAGGAACUAGUGUUUAUUGCCUCGAUCACCAAGGGAUCCAAUGUCUCUUAUCAAUGGCUCGCUACACAAAGCGGAAUAAACAUACAUGGUGAUGAAGAGCUUUUUCAGAUGUUAGCUGAAUCUCCUGGAGGGAUUUCAGUUCAGUUAAGAGCUUCUAACAAGUUGGGUGAGGCCACCAGUGUUGUUUCUUUGUUGGCAGUACAGCGUGUUACAGGUGCGCACAUUACAACACAAUCAAAUGUCGUGGCAUUAGGGAAAGUAGUGAAUAUCUCUGUAUCGGUGGUUACCGGUUCAGAUUUGGAGUACCUUUGGUAUAUGAUGUCUGGUGUCUCACCUUUGCAAACACAUGCAUCCUUCCUUCUCCACACUUUUACAACUGUUGGUCAUCGUCUUGUUAGAGUGUUGGUUCAAAAUGUCCUCAGCCAAUGCAAUGUCACCAAAGAGUUGAAUAUACAGGAGGGAAUCCAAGAAGUGGAUUUUAAGAUUGAAGGAAAGACGCAUCCGUUUUAUGCCCCCACAAGUUCUGCUAUUCAACUCCAUGGGAUUAUUCGGAAGGGAAGUGAUCUGCACUGGAACUGGGAAGUAAAAGGUGCUAAUCUUUAUAAUGCUUUCGAUCAGACCUUCAUCUACACGUUUCCAUAUGAAGGCAUCUAUCAGGUGUCUUUGAAUGUCUCCAAUGGGAUCAACUGGGAGAUGGUUUCACACAGUGUCACAGUCCAGGAUGCAAUCGAGGGUCUAACGUUGAACAUUUCCGAGUCUUCUUUCUGCACGGAGGAACAAGUUACUGUUAUUCCAACAAUCUCCAAAGGAAGCAAUGUCAGCUUUGCUAUAACCUUUAAAAACAAGGACUGGAUUCGUAGUCAGAGCGUUCUUGAGGGGCGGUUCAUCACAUCGAGCCUUCCUGCAGGGAAACAUCUAGUAACGGUGAAAGGUUGGAACCAUGUCAGCAGUUCUGAGGUGUCUUCAAGCAUUCUGGUCACUGAGCAUAUUCAAGGUCUGAGACUUGUGAACUGUUGUUCUGAUGCUUUCGAGGCUCUGAAAGGAACCAGGUUCAGGGCAGAAGUUCAAAGUGGACUUCCUGUGAACUACUCCUGGGUAUUUAAUUCAUUGGGGUCUAAGCCUACCAUGUUCACAGGACAGGAAGUGAUCUUUACUCCUGCAGAAAGUGGUUUACUGUCUGUUAGCGUGCUUGCUACCAAUGGAGUCUGCUCAAAGAAGGUAAAUGAUACUGCCACCGUUCAGUGGGCUGUUAAGAAGGUGACGCUUGUCUGUCAUUCAGAAAGAUUAUUUGUUGGACAUGCUGUCAAGUUUUCUGCACAGAUGAAUGGACGGAGCAAUCCAAGAUAUCUCUGGGGCUUUGGAGACUCCAAUGAGACGUUGGCAACAGACUUAAGCACAGUCAAUCAUACUUAUUAUAUCCGUGGGAAAUACAUGGUUGUGGUCAAAGUGUUCAACAGUGUCAGCCAUGUAUCUAGACAGCUACACAUACAAGUGGAGGAGCUCCUUUGUUCAAGCCCUCAAGUUUCUCUUAUCCAGAGCCAUUUGACUAUCUUCAGGUCUAGAAUGAGUUUUUUUGAAGCUAUCGUGGACAUUAACUGCUCUGCUUACAAAGCUGCGUACCUAUGGGAGAUACUUAAUGAGUCAGAUUGUAACAAUUUCACUGGGAACAAAGUCGUUCUUGGAAGCCAGGUAGAUGCAUCGUCACCCUUUCUCUUACUCCCAAAGCAUACUCUGGAUUUGGGACAGUAUUGCUUGGUGUUCACCGUUUCCCUCCAAGGAACGCCUUUACUUGUCCAACGAAAUAUCAGCGUUACAGUAGUCCACUCAGCAUUGGUCGCUGUUAUCAAGGGAGGAUCACACAGACUGUGGCCCAGCCUCAGUGAUCUCAUCCUGGACGGAUCUGAGUCUGAAGACCCUGAUGAACCGCCAGGAGUGGAUGAUACACUGCAAUACCACUGGACCUCCAUGACUGUGGUGACUACGAGUGAAGCUCCUGUGUUUCCUGUGAUUGUGGAUUGCGUGUCCUGCUCUCUUCUGUCCUCCCCUCACCAAAUAAGCUAUACCACCCCCACUGUACUGUCAGGACAAUGUGGACAGUGUGACGAUCGAGCUCAGUACAAGUGGAGUGCUGAGGACCAGACUGGCGUGACCCUUGACCUUAACGAGGUCUCCACAUCUACCGGCAGACACUCUCCUAACCUGGUGGUGCGUUCAGGUGUCCUACAACCAGGACAGAGUUACACCUUCACUCUCAAUGUGUCCCAGCCUGGCAGAGGGCGUUGGGGUAGCGCCAGCCUGACGAUCCACCCUAACAAUCCCCCUCAUGGAGGCCUCUGUGAACUCAGUCCAGAGUCAGAUAUACGUCUGCUGGAGACGGUGGUCACCUACAACUGCUCAGGGUGGCAAGAUGAUGAAAGCGGGACCUCUCAGCUGAUUUACACCUUCCAAGUUGCACCAUGUCAUCCCAAUGGCCCGGUGUGCCCCUUACUCACUCUGUACAGGGGUACUCGUUCAGCUUAUGGCAGUCUGGUUCCAAUGGGAAGUCCUGGGCAAGGAAGAAGCACAUCAGUUAUCUCAGUUACUUUGCUGGUAGAAGACCAUCUGGGGGCAAAAGUCAUUGCUCUGAACAGAAUGCUGACAGUUGAAACUCCUCCAAAGGACGCAGUUGCCAAUCAGUGGCUGAGAAACAAGAGCCAGACAGAGCUUUGGGCUUUAGUCCAACAAGGAAACCCUCAAGAGAUCAUCCCUUAUUCCAUCGCUCUCACCAGCCAGCUCAAUCAGGUCCCAUUUGCAAAUGCGGAUCUUCCAGACUUCCCCCAGGCUCUCGUCUGUCUCCAGGUGAAACUGAUCGAGGCCUCCUCUCUGAAACGCUCCGUCGCUCCGCAGGUGGCGAGCGCCGCUCUUACUCACUCCGUACAGACUGAUGCCAACUCCCCUCUGACCUGCCCCUCUCCUGCGGCCGGUCUUCACCAGCACUCGGUACUGAUGGAGGCCCGGUCGUCCACACAGAGGAACCCGGCUCAGCCUGGUUCUCUCCAGGUGGUCCAGUUUGUGAGCGAUGAGCCCCAGCAGCAGGUGGAUCAGAACCAGAACCGCACACACCAUCCCGACCAGAAGCAGCACCACGGCCCCGGGAUGGAGGAACAUGCUGGCCCCGAACAUGGUGAGGUGCUGGGUGAGGCAGUGGGCGCUCUGCAGGGUGCUGCCCUCCAGAGGCUGCAGACCCUCACUGCUCCAACGCCUCUGCUGCACGCUGUAACUCUGCCUCCUCACACACACACUCUCCCUCCUCACACACACACUCUGCCUCCUCACACACACACUCUCCCUCCUCUGGAAACGGUGUAUCUGGGAAACAGCAGCGUAACGACGCAGCAGCUCUUCAAUGACUUACACAUGUCUGAGUGGACCAACAGACAGUUUAAAACCCUUUCCCUCGACUUCACACACUUCCACAGAGAGUCCGGUUUGUUUGUGUGUGUUUCCAUCAAACUGGAGUGGGUUCGCUCACAGAGACUCGCCUCCUUCCUCUCCAUCCUUCCUUUCCUCAUCCCUUCUCCUCACUCUGGACCCGACCUGCAGGCAGCACUCACGGUGCUUCUCCUGGUCUCCGCUCUCCUCAUGUUGUCCGGGGGGUUUUGGUCGAUGUCUGCUGAGCGCUCCCAGUACUUUCGACGGUUCAGAAACUGGUUCCAGCUCCUCCUGGCUUUGUUGUCUCUAACAACCUCAAUCCUGCAGCUCUGCUUCCUGUCUCAGGCAUCCAACUGUGUUUCUGAGCUCCGAUCCGAUCCCGACAGCUUCGUGGACUUCCUGCCUGCGGCCCUGCUGUCAGAGAGGAGUUCUCAGAGUGCCGCUGUCCUGCUCACGAUGCUGCUUCUGAAG